UCUUGGAGCAUCUUUGGGGCUGACACAGCAGAGGUUCCGGGCCCCCGCGGCCACUCCUGCCAAGGCUGCCAUGCCCCACAUUCCCGAGGAUGAGGAGCCCCCCGGAGAGCCACAGGCAGCCCAGAGCCCCGCCGGCCAAGGCCCUCCCGCCAUCGUCCUGACUGGGGAUGCCAGUUCACCGGAAGGAGAAACUGACAAAAACCUGGCCAACAGAGCUCACAGUCCCCACCGGAGGCUUUCUCACCGACACUUGAAGGUUUCUACGGCUUCGCUGACCUCCGUGGACCCUGCGGGGCAUGUCAUUGACCUGCUAAAUGACCAGCUGCCAGACAUCAGCAUCUCAGAGGAGGACAAGAAGAAGAACCUGGCACUGCUGGAGGAGGCCAAGUUAGUGAGUGAGCGGUUCCUGACCCGCCGGGGGAGGAGGUCCAGGAGCAGCCCCGGAGACUCCCCGUCAGCGGUUUCCCCAAACCUCAGCCCCGGAGCUUCUCCUACAACCUCACGGAGCAGCUCACUCACUGUCCCCACGCUGCCUGGUUUGGAUGCGUGCAGUGGCCCACAGUCCCCUCCGCCUGGAGUACCCGCACAGGAGAAGGAGGAUGAGGCCGAAGUCCCUUCACCUCACUUUGGCGAGCCUAAUAUCCCCAAAGGGCUAGCUGACCGGAAGCAAAAUGACCAGAGGAAAGUGUCUCAGGGCAGGCUGACUCCUCGCUCUCCCACAGUUGAGAAGUCCAAAGAGAUUGCAAUAGAACAAAAGGAAAACUUUGAUCCCCUCCAGUGCCCCGAGGCCACACCCAAGGGCCCACCUUCUGGCUCAGGCAGUGGUGGGAAAAUGGCUCUGAACAGCCCCCAGCCUGGCCCUGCUGAGAGCGAGCUGGACAAGCCGCUCCUGAAGACAGCCAGGGAGGGCAACCCUCUGCCCAGAAGUCCAGCCCAGGGCUCGGGAGGGGCAGCGCCCCCGGGCCCCCAGGGAAAAGGCCCAGCUGGAGAGCCAGUAGGGCCCAAGGUUGGCUCCAAAGCCGAGCUUCGGCCCCCUCCUUCCCGGCCGCCCCUGCUCCGGGGGGUCUCCUGGGACAGCGGCCCUGAAGAGCCUGGCCCCCGGCUGCAGCAAGUGCUUGCCAAGCUGCCCCUGGCCGAGGAAGAGAAGCGUUCUGCGGGCAAAGCUAGCAGCAAGCUGGCCAAGGUGCCUGGACUCAAAGACUUACAGAUACAAGUGCAGCCUGUGCGGAUGCAGAAACUGACCAAGCUCCGUGAGGAGCACAUCCUGAUGAGGAAUCAGAACUUAGUGGGGCUCAAGCUUCCAGAACUUAGUGAAGCAGCUGAGCAGGAAAAAGGGCUGCCUUCUGAACCCUCCCCAGCUACUGAGGAGGAAGAAUCAAAGAGUGGCGUGGAUGUCAUGCCCAAUAUUUCUGACAUGCUGCUACGCAAACUGCGGGUCCACAAGUCUCUCCCUGGAAGUGCCCCUCCGCUCACCGAAAAGGAAGUUGAGAACGUGUUUGUACAACUCUCCUUGGCCUUUAGAAAUGACAGCUACACCCUGGAAUCUAGAAUUAACCAGGCUGAAAGGGAACGCAACCUGACAGAAGAAAACACCGAGAAGGAACUGGAAAACUUCAAAGCUUCCAUCACGUCUUCAGCUUCAGUCUGGCACCACUGUGAGCACCGGGAGACCUACCAGAAGCUGCUGGAGGACAUCGCUGUCCUGCACCGCCUGGCUGCCCGCCUCUCCAGCCGGGCCGAGAUGGUGGGGGCCGUGCGCCAGGAAAAGCGCAUGUCAAAGGCAACAGAGGUGAUGAUGCAGUAUGUGGAGAACCUGAAGAGGACGUAUGAGAAGGACCAUGCGGAGCUCAUGGAAUUUAAAAAACUGGCGAAUCAGAAUUCAAGCCGCAGCUGCAGCCCCUCUGAAGACGGGGUCCCUCGCACAGCGCGGUCCAUGUCCCUCUCUCUGGGAAAGAACAUGCCCCGUCGAAGGGUCAGUGUUGCUGUGGUUCCCAAGUUUAAUGCCCUGAACCUGCCUGGUCAGACUCCAAGCUCCUCACCCAUCCCCUCCUUACCAGCCCUGUCAGAACCAACUAAUGGGAAAGGCAAUUUUCCUGUCGUCACCUCAGCACUGCCAGCACUUUUGGAAAAUGGAAAAACAAACGGGGCCCCAGAUUGUGAAGCCUCUGCUCCCACGCCAACUCCAAGCUGCCUGGAGGAGAUUAGCCAGGAGACCAAGGCCGGGAUGGAGGAAGAAGCGUACAACAAGAGAUACCAGGAAGAUCUAAAGAAGACCAAGGAGCUCCAAGACCUAAAGGAAGAGGAGGAAGAACUUAAGAGUGAGGGCCCUGAGGAACCCAAAGAGGCAGAUGAAACUGAGGAAGAGGGAAAGGACCAGAAAAGCAGCAAACUUGAAGAAUUGGUUCAUUUCUUACAAGUCCUGUAUCCCAAACUGUGUCAGCACUGGCAAGUCAUCUGGAUGAUGGCCGCAGCGAUGCUGGUCUUGACUGUGGUGUUGGGGCUGUACAAUUCCUAUAACUCUUGCGUGGAGCAGACGGAAGGGCCCCUUGGAAGAUCCACUUGCUCAGCAGCCCAGAGAGACUCCUGGUGGAGCUCAGGACUCCAGCACGAGCAGCCGACAGAGCAGUAGGAAACCUGACAUCUAGCUAGUGUCCUGCUCCAGCACACAGCUCAUCACCCUUUCCCCAAGUUACAGUGCUGCCGGGCCCAGGUGUGGUCUUGCUGCCACCAGCCCAUCAGGGAAUGAGCAGGGGUUCUUUCAAAAUCAGCUCCUCUGUGAAAGCUAAUCACACAUCAUAAACUGAUGUUCUCAGAGGAUCAACAAAACUUCUCUGGGAAAGCAGCCAGUGGAUGAAGAAGUCACCUUCGCCAUGGAACUUUAAUGGAAGGGAAGGUCACCUGCCCUUGGCUCAGAUGGCCAGGAGAAAUAAAUACCUUCACUGCGGGGGACAGUAAGAAGCUCCCUCUCCCCCUUUUCCUCUUUGCAAUAGGAAAUCAGGAAGAAUUGUGCCUUAAGGCUCACUCUAACCCGAGGAUCAGGCUUGGAAUUUGGAGUCACAGCGUGAAUAUCUUCCCAUUUCCCAUCUCAUUCCUAUUCUCUUUCUGCCCCUUUGGAAUCAGAGUUUCUCUUUACAGAAGUAGGAAAGGUUUCUCGGAAAAAUAUUUAGGCUGAAUUUAGCUCAGCGCUUGAAAUGCAAUGGGAAGGUGUGAACUAAUAUAUACGCAUCUGUACACACACACACAACACACAUACACACAGCACGCAUGUGCAUGAAGCCAACAAGCAUCCAAACAUGUGCUCUGGAUAAAGCCAACCCACAGAUUUUUACUAGGUAUAGGGCAGUCGCCAGACACCUGUUCAAUGAGCUCUCCAUGUGGAUUCAAGAUGUUUGCAAAACACUGAGAACUCAUGGCUUCGAGGGUGAACUUGCUGGUCUCCGUGUCGAGUACAAUUCUAAGCUGUUGUACAGCACAAUCUACUCCCUGUUGUUCUCUCCCCACUGGGAGCAGUUAACCCCCAUGUAGGGUGAAUGGGGAGACACAGUGUGCUUCAGCUGCCGUGUGCCCACACGCCAGUGUGCAGCUGCACCGAGAGCUUCAGUCCCAGCGGAACUGCCAACUCAAACGUGUUUCAGAGCAUUCCCAGUUGUGUAGCCAAACACGGAGAAAGCACAUCCCCCCUUCCAUUGGACCUCUCGCUCCACCUUCACAGCCUUCAUUCAGCCCUCAUCAGUUUCGGGGUGUUGGUUUCUGUGUGGGUUUUAUUGUGGUUGUUUUGCUUUUGUUUUUGUUUUGUGGAAGUUGUUUGUUUUUGUUACUAAUACUCAUAAUAUAAAACUAUGAGACAAACACGGUUGUAGGUAUUACAUAGGUAUUAAUUCAUUUAGUCCCCAAGAAAAUCAAACAAACAAACUGUGAGGUGGGUACUACUCUUCUCAUUUUCAGAUAAGGAAACUAAAGCACAAAAAAUACAAGUAACUCUGAGAGGAUACCCAGGUAGUAAAUCAUGGGGCUGGAACUCAAAGCCAGGCAGGCUGGCCCAGGGGCUGCGCUCUUAACCGCAGCACUAAAUUGCCUCUUCCAGGGGUCUCCUACCUGGACGCCUUACUUUCCAGUCCCACUCCGCCAAGUGACCCUUCAGCACCUCCAAACCAUUUCUGGUUCCCAGACUACCCUGUUUUUUCUCACAGCUCUGUUCCUCCACUGACUAGUCUUUCUUCUGCUAUUCUCUUUUCUUCUGGUCACUCUUCAGGACCAAGUGCAAAAAUCAUCUCUCCCAUACAGGCUUUCAUGACCUCCCGCCAGCUCCCCACUCUACCCCACGCAGUAGGACACACCUCCUCUGUGCUUUCUGACACUUUUUAGACAUCCUCGUUAUUGACCAAACAAUAAUGUGUAGCAACUUAUUUCUGUGUCUCUCUCCCCUAGCAUUUUUUCUUCAAAGACAAGAACCAUGUCUUACCAGUUUCUGGGUAAGGCUUAUUAUGGUGGCUAAUGCUAGGGAGGUCGUCACUAAAUGUUGGUUGAAAGAACAAGGGAGCCUCCAAGGUGGCAGGGAGCAGCCUGGGGACAGCUGACAUUUUUCAUACUUCCCAGUACCAGCACCAGCACCACCUCUAUCGCAAUAAGAAAAGUAACAUCUUUAUUAGCCUCGACUUAUUCUAAUAUUUUUCAGUCUAUUCUGAGAGAGAACAGAAAUGGGGCCCAACUAGCAACAUCAUUUCCAAGCUCCAGAACGAGGCGUGAUGCAAGCCUUCCUUUCAGAAGACCCACCUAGAUUAGGCCCCACUUGAGAACGGCAUGUUGAUUUAAGGGGCACAUCCUUUCCAGUGUCUAGAAAAUCACUGUGAGAGAAGCCCAAGCCAAGGUGGACCAAGGAUGUGCAUUAGGUAAAGAGGUGCAGAUCAAGGCAGACAGACUGGGGGCAUGGAUGGAUGGUUUCCCUGCCCCUUCCAGGGAGACCAGACAUGAAGGAGCUCUAGGCCCUCGGAGCAAAAGACAGGAUGCAAAUAGAGCUCUUGAGAGAGUGGCUGAGAGACGGGGCUCUAGGCUGUUAAUGUCCAGCCUCCGCCUCCUCUUAAAGAAGGACUAGCUGAGCUGAUCUACUGUCCACUUGGCCACAGGGUUCCCACCUUUGUUUCCAGUUGAGGCAAAGGCCAGGAAAGGGGGUACAGUGAGUUCCUGAACCUCCAGGCGCUCCACAGAAAGGCCUGCUAGAGUCCUCCCAGACUAGGCCUUCACUCAAACUACUCCGAGAAUAAGGGAGACCGAGGAAAAGAAGGGCCAUGAGAAUAACCACAUUUCCGUGGGUAUUCCUGAAAAAGUACUCAUCGGUAUUUCUUUUCUGAAAAGCAAAGGUCAACCUGAAGCGGAUGGAACUGUUGCCAAAGCAGCAGGGAAAUGGAGAGAAAGACGCUCUGUCUUUCCAAAAGUGAUAUUGAUCUGAAAUAAAAGUUCCCCUCAAAAUGCCUCUGAAGUCCGACAUUUCUGCUUUGCCCUAGGACUCUGGUGCCUGUUCUAUUGCAGAGUGAUGUGUUGUAUGUGCCAUUGUUGAUGUCACCUCCCGAAGGACCUUCAAUUUCCAGCUGCUACAAAGCCAAUAUGUAUUGCUCCCUGUGUACAGCCUGGCAGAGCAAAUGGAGAGGGAGAUGCUGGAUUUGUGUAGCACUGGCUGUCGGUUCCUAAUAUUGUUAAACCUCGCACAGGUGUGCUAGCAUUGAACUGUAGAGUGUCACAUGCCUGAGUUUGAAAAUAAAAGCACAUU